CCAACACGACCCAGCCAUCCUCAACAACUCAAUCACCAUCCUCUCAACCACCUCGAUAUUACUUCACCUCUUUGCUCUCCCGCGUCUGACAAAUCGUCACUUCAUCGCGCGGCUGUCGCGAGGAGACCGACUCAUUCGCCGUCAGCAUCACAGGAAUGCGAGAGCUCAUCACAGUGCAAGCGGGCCAAUGCGGCAAUUCUAUCGGCUCGCAGUUCUGGGAAUACCUCUGCAAGGAUCAUGGAAUUGGGCGUGAUGGUACCCUGGAGGACUACGCCGUGGGAGUCGAUGCAGGAGACAGAAAGGACGUCUUCUUCUACCAGGCAGACGACGAUCACUAUGUCCCGAGGGCCAUCUUGAUUGACAUGGAGCCAAGAGUCAUUGGCGGAAUAAUGCAGGGGCCGUACAAGAAUCUGUACAACCCAGAGAAUGUCUACACAUCGAAGGAUGGCAGCGGCGCCGGCAACAACUGGGCAAUGGGCUACUCCGCCGGCGAGAAAGUAGCAGAAGAGCUCAUCGACAUGAUCGAUCGCGAAGCCGACGGCUCCGACUCGCUCGAGGGUUUCCAGCUUCUCCACUCCAUUGCAGGCGGAACAGGGUCUGGUCUUGGUUCCUUCCUCCUCGAGCGAGUCAAGGAGCAUUUCCCCAAGAAGGUCGUGCAGACCUACUCCGUCUUCCCCAAUAAUCAGGAGACGUCCGAUGUGGUUGUACAGCCGUACAACUCGGUACUGGCGAUCAAGCGGCUGGUGCAGGAGGCGGACAGCGUGGUAGCACUCGACAAUGCGGCAUUGGCGAGGAUCGCGGCCGAUCGAUUGCAUUCGGCGGACUCGAGUUACGAUCAGCAGAAUCAGUUGGUGUCGACUGUCAUGGGGGCUGCGACGAGGACAUUGCGUUUCCCGGGGUACAUGAACAAUGACCUUACUGGCAUCAUCUCAUCGCUCAUUCCGACCCCUCGAGCGCACUUCCUCAUGACAUCCUACACCCCCUUCACAAGCGACACCAUCGACCGCGGAAAGAUGACGAUGAAAACCUCCGUCCUUGACGUGAUGCGACGCCUCCUCCAGCCCAAGAAUCGCAUGGCCUCAAUUCAGGGCGCCAGCAAGUCGUCGUGCUACAUCUCCAUCCUCAACCUCAUUCAGGGCGAUGUCGACCCGAGGGAGGUGCACAAGAGCUUGCUCCGCAUCAGAGAAAGGGAUCUCGCCACUUUCAUCCCUUGGGGCCCAGCGUCUAUCCAGGUGGCGUUGACAAAGAAGAGCCCAUUUGCGCAGAACACCCACAGAGUGUCUGGGUUGAUGUUAGCCAAUCACACGGGGAUGGGAGCAUUGCUCAAACGCACAGUCAUGCAAUUCGAUAGGCUCAAGAAUCGCAACGCUUUCCUCGAAGGGUACAAGAAGGAGGCCAUGUUCAGGGACAAUCUCGACGAGUUCGACGAUGCGAGGGAGUGCGUGGUGGAGCUGAUGAAUGAAUACAAGGCUGCGGAGAGGGAGGAUUAUAUCAGUGGUGGGGGCGGUGGGGACUGA